AUGGAGCCGUCGGAGAGUAUUCAUGGUUUGUUGAACGAUCUCGAAAAAAUCUACAAAUAUCGCGACGAAUAUUUGAAUAGUCCGGUGGUGAAAUUCACCGCAAUCGGCAUCGCAAUUUUCCUCGCCGUUUUCAUUCUAACUAUUCUAUUUAUAUUCCCAAUUUAUGUGAUCAUAUUCCAAUUGAAUCUCUUUGAUCUACACUUCAAUUCGCCAUUUUUCUAUCUAACCGUUCUCAUCGAAAUGCUUCUACCAUUUUGGAUUUGCCUCAUGGCUUAUUAUAAUUAUUACAUGUCUCAUGAGCGCAGUUAUGCUCUAACAAUGAGCAUGACAAUUUAUGGAGCAGCAAUUUAUAUUUGCACAAUUAUUAUGGUGAACGUCCAAAAUAUUUUGCUCUUCAUUUUGGCACUUCAACGAUUUCUUUUGUACUUUUUCCCGGCAAUUGGGAAACGAUAUUUCAAUAAUAGUUUUCUUGUCAUUUUAUCGGCUCUCGCUUACCUCGCCAUAUUAGUCAGUGUGAAGCGAUUCGCGAAAACGAUGAAAUAUCGAAAAACGCGACCCGAAACGCUGUUGCUCAUCCACACCGCCUUGAUCGUUUUGAUUAAAAUCUUUUACGCGCCGUUCGUCAUCUAUAUCGCUGCUUAUUUUCCGGUUUAUCCAUUAGACAUUUCGUUCUUCUUCGUCGUUCUCAUCGAUAUUUUCACGACCUCGUUCGUCGUUCAAGUCUCGUAUUUGAAUGCGCAUCGCGAGGCGAUCGGCUCGUUGAUGAGUUGGCGAUUCUCGUCGAUCUCGCUGUUCGACUGCUACAAGGUCAACAAUGUCGCACCGGAAACCAACGACAACGAGCUCAUGCUCUCAAUUAUUCACAAAUAA